GUGGGCUCUAAUAAUAUGGCUGCUACAGAUGGUAAAGAAAUGCCAAAUUUUGCUCUAGUAUCUAUGCAAAAUGAUUUUGAAGUUGAUUUUGAAGUCAACUUGUUACAAGGAAAAGUAAGUAUUGGACGUGGGCCCUUAAUGAAGAUAACUGAUAAACGCGUCUCAAGAAAUCAUGCCAUGAUCGAAGUGAAAGAUAAUGCACUUUCCAUACUUCCUACCCACACCAACCCUACAUUUUAUCAAGCUCUGGGAGAAGCACACUUUGAAGCAUUAGACAAAGAUGUUUCAAAAGAGCUUCAUGAUGGUGAUUGUAUUUCAUUCUUACCAAAUGACCUCAAAUUUAAAGUGAAAAUUUUGACACAGGAGCUCUUGUUAAAGAGUGAUGAUUUUAGAGGGAGGAAUGAAAUGAUGAACAAUAUGAAGGGAGAUAACUUUUACAGUGCUGACAGCUUGAGAGAUAGUCAUAAUGGAACAAGUGAAAAUAGCAAUAGAGUGAAUGAUGUUGAGAAAAAGAGAAUGCCAGAAGAGACUGUCUCACCUUUAAAUAAAGCUAGAGUUUUACCAACUUGGAUGACGCAAGGACCAAUCAACAGGAAGAAUAAAGAUGAGAUGACAAUGCUAGAAAAGAUAAAGAAAAGUUUAUUGAAAUCACCGUCAUGUAGGUAUGAAAAUAAUUUGCCAAAUGAACAAUAUGACGACGAAGUGGUUGAAGAAAGAUUUGUCAAAUCUUGUGAUGCUGAUAACUUGAAGUAUAAAGUGGAAGCUGUACAAUCUCCAUCUGUGGUUAGUGUGAAAAGAAAAUGUGAUGACAAUGAAGAAGAAAAGAAUGCCAAGCACAAGAAAGAUUUGACACGAUGUCCAUAUGGAAGUCGUUGCUACAGGAAAAAUCCCCUUCAUUUUCAAGAAUAUUCCCACUCAAAUAAUUGUGACGUUGAAUUCGAAGAUGAUAGUGACGAUAGGAGUGGAAACGACUUACCUGAAUGCCCUUACGGUGAAAGUUGUUACAGAAAAAACCACAAACACAGAAAGGAAUAUAAACAUAUUUCACACCAAAAAACACGUGAAAGAACAGCAAAAAAGAAAGCUGCUGGAAAGAUCCGAGAUGAUAACGAAGACGGUCCGAAUGAUUACGACUAUGGUGACAGUUUUAUCGAUGACGACGAGCUAAGUGAGAGCGAGGUCUCUGAAGAUAGUGAUUGGAUACCUUCCUGUGAUGAAAAUGGCGAUGAUGAAGUGGAUGACGUAAGUGAUUUGUUAACCGAAGCCAGAAAUUUCACCCGAAACAAGAAGAUGCUUAAGCCUGCAUAAGCCCACUUUAACCUUUUUUCCUCGUAGCUCGUGAAGACUCCGAUCUAGAACUUUUUUAUGUACUGUACUUAAGGUUUUACUGUCGUAUAUAUUGAAUGCUAAAAGGUCUAUUAAAUUGGCGUUGAUAAUUUUAUUUUAAAAAUCACAGCAAAAAACACUUCAGCAACGUAUUUCUUGCAAUAGUUCGAGUUGCGUGAUCGCUUUAAUUAUUUUUUAAACACACCUCCUCGAUUGCCGACAGUAAUCUGUAAAAUAAAUAUGCAAUUAAAGCAAAAUAUUUUCUGUU